AAUGUACAUUCAUAUUUUUCCUCAUUCGGUCACUUUCAAAUCUUUAUUAAAUACCUACUGUGUGCCAAGGAUAGGUUUAGGAGCUGAGAUUCAAGUAUUAAAUAUGUAUAUUCUUUUUUCAAAUUUGCUGUUUUCUAAAUUUUGUUGUGGAAGAAUCAACUUAUGUACAUCAAACCUGCUCCCUCCCUUACAUCAAUAAAUACACUAUCCUGUGAUUUCUUGUAGUAAAAUUGCAUUUAUAAUAGUGAAAAUAAGUUUGAGAGUAUUUUCCUAACUAAAUGAAUAUCACACUUUAUUCAUUUCUUUAUGUCCUCAGAUUAAAUGAAGGGAAUAGUACUGGAAGAAAUAUAGAUGAAAGAAAGAAAAUGCAAGGAGAAAACUUCACCAUUUGGAGCAUUUUUUUCUUGGAGGGAUUUUCCCAGUACCCAGGGUUAGAGGUGGUUCUCUUCGUCUUCAGCAUUGUAAUGUAUCUGACAACGCUCUUGGGCAACAGCACUCUUAUUUUGAUCACUAUCCUAGAUUCACACCUUAAAACCCCCAUGUACUUAUUCCUUGGAAAUCUCUCUUUCAUGGAUAUUUGUUACACAUCUGCCUCUGUUCCUACUUUGCUGGUGAACUUGCUGUCAUCCCAGAAAACCAUUAUCUUUUCUGGGUGUGCUGUACAGAUGUAUCUGUCCCUUGCCAUGGGCUCCACAGAGUGUGUGCUCCUGGCCGUGAUGGCAUAUGACCGUUAUGUGGCCAUUUGUAACCCGCUGAGAUACUCCAUCAUCAUGAACAGGUGCGUCUGUGCACGGAUGGCCACGGUCUCCUGGGUGACGGGUUGCCUGACCGCUCUGCUGGAAACCAGUUUUGCCCUGCAGAUACCCCUCUGUGGGAAUCUCAUCGAUCACUUCACGUGUGAAAUUCUGGCGGUGCUAAAGUUAGCUUGCACAAGUUCACUGCUCAUGAACACCAUCAUGCUGGUGGUCAGCAUUCUCCUCUUGCCAAUUUCAAUGCUCUUAGUUUGCAUCUCUUACAUCUUCAUCCUUUCCACUAUUCUGAGAAUCAGCUCAGCAGAGGGAAGAAACAAGGCUUUUUCUACCUGUGGUGCCCAUUUGACUGUGGUGAUUUUGUAUUAUGGGGCUGCCCUCUCUAUGUACCUAAAGCCUUCUUCAUCAAAUGCACAAAAAAUAGACAAAAUCAUCUCGUUGCUUUAUGGAGUGCUUACCCCUAUGUUGAACCCCAUAAUUUACAGUUUAAGAAACAAGGAAGUCAAAGAUGCUGUGAAGAAAUUGCUGGGCAAAAUACCAUUGCAUCAAACACACGAACAUCUCUGAUUGGGUCCCUAUGGUUUUACCAGAGAUGUGCCCCUGGCAGAGCUCAUCAGAGAAAUUCGAGACAACAUACAACCUCUUAGAACUCUGAUCGGAUCUUAUCUCUAUAUAAUUUCACAGUUAUGAGCUGCAUACACAGAGUGAUUGCCUAUUAAUAAUAGUAGGUUUCAAUUUGCAUUUGUUAAUAUUUCCUUUUUGUGUUUUGUGGUUGUGAGGUUUUGAGUUAUAGAGUCAUUAAAUGUUUGCUACAGAAGAAAUCUUGUAUAUCUUCUGUGAUUUAAUCCUUUCUCAAAGGAGGUGGGAGCAUAAAGAAACAAAUAAAGACUGGCCUUAAUUGUGCAAGUGAGAAAACAGAAUUUAAAAAUGUAAAAGACUAGCUCAACAUCACACAACUGUAGAACUGGGACUAUGACAUCCUUCCGAUUUCUUGGCCAGAGCUUGUUCUACCACAUGAUGGUGGCUCUCUAAUUACCCCUCAUUAUUCAAAACUCCUGAUUAAAACUCCUUAUCUCCCUGAGUAAGGCAUUCAAUGAUGCCUACUUGAUUUUUCCACUUGCCAGCCUUGCUUUUCUAAGCACAUAAAUACUUGUGCAAAUUGUAUCUGCUUUUAUGCCAGUAUACUACUCAUAUAAUAAUUAAGUCUUUUUCAUUCAUGUUUGCCUUUUUUCUUCAUUGGAUGAUUGACUUCACAGAGACAUGUAUUCUUGUUAUUUUGUACCUUUUCUGUUUACAGCAGUCAUUCAGUAAAUUAACACAUUUAUCAGCUUUACACCAGUCACUUUAUUUGAGAAGAAGGUACCACUUGUGAAAAUUAUAAAGAAGAAACAAAGGCAAUGAGGUAUAUUGCUUUAUAAAUACUUAAACAUUACAGAGACAAUGUUUAUAUUAGUUGUUUUAAAUCAUUUAUUUGCAUACAAAUAUUGCUUGUUAAAAAUGCCUUCACUCCCAGAUAUUCUGAUUCAGUGACUCUAGGGUGGUUCCUCAAUAGUCUGUAGUUACAGGUGGAGCCCCAAGAAAUUCUGAUACAGAUUGUGCAGUGACCAUACAUUGGGAGACGUUAUUUCCAGCAAAAAUUUAUCUCUCAAAAAGAAAAGUAGGAUUAGUUCUUAUUUCUCUCUUUUUCCUUUUUUAUUUGAUUUUUUUUCCUUCAUUCUUUCUGCCUCCAUGUGUACCUUCUUACUUGUCUAUCUCUACUUCUAGAGUAGGGAAGGGAAGAGGGUUUUGACUGGAAGAAUGUAAACUCACUGGACAAAUUAAAAAUAUAAAAUACUUUUAAAGUUUUAGCAUUACAUGUUGAGUUUUGGAUUACUUAACUCUAGCAUUGGGAGAAAUACCUAAUGUAGAUGAUGGGUCGAUGGGUGCAGCAAACCACCAUGGCAUGUGUAUACCUAUGUAACAAACCAGCUCAUUCUGCACAUGUAUC